GAAUGCAUGAAUAAGAGCAGUGCCAGGUCUAGGGGCUGAAGCAGGACAGGAGGAUGGCAGGAGAUUUCCUUGGGCAUAUGCAUGAGAGAGCAGCAGGGACAGCUCUCACCCUGCUUCAGGACAGGGGACUGCCCAGCAGGGAGUGCUUUAAAAGUGGGACUGUAUGUUCUGGGCUGGGGUGAAAUGCCUGGUGGGCAGCUAGAGCAAGCUGAGCUUAUCACAGGAUCUUAGCAUGAGUAGGGAGCAGUGGGGAAAGCAGCGUUUGUCCUCCCAGUACCAGACUUAGGCCCCAAAGCAGCUGAUCAGCUGGCGAUCACCUUGUCGCUGUAGAGCUUAGCUGGGUCAGUGGCUGAACCCUCGGCAGAUCUGAUCUCCUCUGGGGUCCAUUGUCAUGGCAGGAGUUGGCUGGGAGGGAGCUGGCUGCCAGAUAGUGAGUGGGAAAUGGAGAUGCCCUAGCACAUCAUUGAGCAAAGCCCUGCCAGGGGCUGCUAUAGCAACACAAAGAUAGCUGAGUUCACCCCAGUUGGGCUUGGCAAUGGAAAUUUUCAGCACAGGCGCUUUGGCAGUGUUGCUUUCAGCUCACACUUCCCUUCCCAAGGGCAAGCAAUGGGCCAGGCUGCGAAAGAUCCAACAGUGUGAGGGGUGAGGAUGCCUCCAGCCAGGGGCUUUGUAAUCCCUCUCUAUCCUGGUCGUCGGGACUGAAAAAACCCAGCUGUUGGCACAGUGGCUGGAUUCAAUGCUCCUGACCACAGGCACUGAGCUGCUGUUGAGGGAAAGUGAGGCAGGAAUGCAGAAAUCCACUUUGCUGUCCAUGCAAAGCACCCAUCCAGCUGGUGGUGGAGGGGCUGUAGCUUCCUACCCUGGAGUGCCAAUGAUCUGCCCAAAAGCAAGUGUAGGACUUGAUAGCUGCUAACUGCGAUUGUCAGGCCCCAGAGCAGAGUCCUGCGGGAGAAGCAUGGCCCUGCCUGCCUUCUCUUGAACAGCCUGGCACAUCCCUUCCUUGCAAACACUGAGCCUUCCCUCCCUCCACACAAGGAUGGGCUCUGUAACUUCUGCCCACUCACUAGGUGACCCAGCACCAGAAGCUGUCCACCUUGGAAAGGCUAGUACAGCUGUCUCAGCAGCCCCUUGCCUUGCCCCUCCGUACCUGCCUAGCUUGUGCAAACCUCUUUCCAACCCCUCUCCUGCAGAGAUUCCUCCCUCUGCUCAGCCUUAGGGCGCUUCCCUUCUGCUACCUGUGGAGACUUCCCUCCUUGAAAACCCUCCUGGUUUUGAUGCUGAACAUAGUAGCAGGGUUUCCUUGGAGACAAGAGAAACAGUGGGCUCGAAAGUGCUGAUUAUUUCACAGUUGCUGGCUGGCUUUCAGCAACAACAACAGAAAAAAAUUGUGUUAGCAGAGGGAAGAGGGGGCCUGGGGUAGCAGCUGUCGAGGGGGGACGCCUGCCUGACAUGCUUUCCCAGUGUCAUCCUGUUAGCAGCAAGGCUUGCCCGAGUGCCACGCUCAUGCCCAUGGCAGCGGUGUGACCGUACACGCUGUCCCAAGCACCGCCGCUCUGGGAUUGCGUUGCCACUCUUCCCUCAGUCCCCAGAGGCUGGUAAACCUGGGAGAGGCUUUGCGGUGGGCAUUUCUAAUUUGGCUGCCUUCUGUCAGUCCCAGGAGUAAACCUGACUAAUUAGAUUAACCCCUUGUGUGUUCUUCUAUGCAGACAUUAGCAAUAGUGGGACAGUGAGGUAAAGCACCAGCAUUUCAGUCAUUGCCUCCCAUCCAUUUGUUCUGAGCAGUGACAACUGGGUUUGUCCCAGGCAAGAGCCUGAAACCCUGGGGACUGGAGCUCUCCUCUGCUGCACUGUCCGCAUGGUGCUUUGCCUGCCGUGGGGCUGGUUAUGUGAUAAUCGGCUGACAUCUCUUGGGCACAUUAACAAUCAGAAAGCCAUGCUGGCACACAGGGAGCAGGGCAUGGACUGACUGCUGGGGCAGGGCAGGGCAGAAGGCAGAUAAAGUCUUCACAUGAACUUUUCAUUUACUUUCUCCAACCCCACACACCGUGGGAAGAGUGCCCUGUAAUGCCAUAUCCUGCCAGUGGCCAGGACCUUCCUUGUCCCAGAGAAGCAUCUCACAGCGGAUCCACUUGACCGACAGCUCCUCCUCUGCUGAGACACCCCGGGGUCCUCAUGAUCUGUCCAAUAGCCACAAACAGCAGUUGGCCAUUUCCAUGAAGUAGCAGCAUCUUGUUUAUCUUGCAGUGUGGUGCAAGAGUGGUGUGCAGGGGUUAGAGGGUGAGAGAAGAGUGGGGAACCAGACCAUAGCCCUGUACUAAUUAUACAUAUAAAUUAGCUCCAGGACACUGUCAGGGACAGGGUGUGUCAGUGCUGUCUGUAAAGCCUUGCCUCACAGCACAUCAGCAGCAGAUGGGGGGAUCACAGCAUGGCUGAGGUUGGCAGGGACCUCUGGAGGUCACCCAGUCCAACCCCCCUGCUGAAAGCAGAGUCAACCAUGGUGGGUUGCUCAGCACCUUGUCCAGUCACCUUUUGAAUAUCUCCAAGGAUGGAGACCCCACAACCUCUUUGGGCAACCUAGUGUUCGGUCUGCCUUGUAGUUAAAAACCCUUUUCUUACGCUUAAGAAGAAUUUCCUGCUACUUCAGUCUGUGUCCACCACCUCUCAUCUGGUUAUUGGGCAACACUGAGAAGGGUCUGACACUGUCUUCUUUAGACCCUCCCUUCAGGUAUACAUUGAUAAGAUCCCCCUGAGCCUUCUCUCCUCCAGGGUGAACGGUCCCAGGUCUUCCAGCCUUACUUCAUGAGAGAUACUCCAGUCUCUUCAUCAUCUUUGUAGCCCUUUGUUGGACUCUCUCGAGUGUGCCCAUGUCUCUCUUGUACUGAGGAGCCCAGAACUGGGCACAGCACACCAGGCGUGGCCUCACCAGUGCUGAGCAGAGGGGAGGGAUCACCUCCCUCGAUCUGCUGGCACAAACACAGCUGCAUUUCUGGACCCUAGUGCUGGUCCCACCUGGGACCUCCAGAGGGCUCUGGGAUCCCAGGGGUGAUGUAGUGGAUGGAGGCCCUAAGACAAGGCUGUACUGUCAUUAGCAGUUUGCAACCUUUAGUUUCAUCCAGGCCAUGGCAAGUAGUCAAAUGCAUUUCCUCUUCACCCAGCGCAGCCUAACCCUGACCAUUGCAUGGACAAAACCAGGCCGAAGAUCUGCAGGCUCUCCUCAUGCUCAGAAAGCCGGCAGCCCUGUGACCCAAAGGCUGCUGCACGUGACUGGAGUGAGGACGGAGCCGUGCGCAAUAGAUUUAUUUCCAUAGGCUUAAAUACAGUUUCUGUUCCUGUUGUGAAGGAGUGCUAAGGCAUGCAAAGCUCUGUUGGGACAGUGGGUUUCCCCCACUGGUUACCAACAGGACAGUGGAACGGGUUCCCUGUGGGCAGCACAAACUGUCUGUUCUCUCUGGCAGAAACACAGUGCACCAGUGCUGCGCAGAACGGAGCUGCCCUGGCCAGCACCACUGCCCUGACCUCUUGGGAGCUGUUUUCUACUCUUAGCUGCGUAGCUCUGCACAUACAGGUGCAGCCCGUCUCCUCCAGCUCCCCCAAACUCCUGCCCCUGGACUCAGCCCUAGGGACGUACAGCGUUGGGCACUGCUCUGCAAACACUCCCCAGUUUCAGACACCAUUCCCGAAGGGCUCUCCCAGACACCGUCAAACAGGUAGAUGGAGCAGACCAGAUCCAUGGCCCGUGCAUUCCUGUGGAAAGGCUCCCCUUAACCCCUGCUGGCAGUCUGACAUGCUGCUCUAUACGAACUUGCUUGUGGGCCCUUAUGGAUGCAAACUGCCUCUACACAGAAGUGCAAAAACUUUUGCCACAUGAAAAAGAAACUUAAGAAAUACUUUCAACCUACUUCUUGACGCUGCUGUUUGAAUAACUGAGUGCAGGAACAUUUCAGUGAUGGCAGCUUUAUAAAAUUCAAACAUUGGGUUAUUUCCUGAAGCUCAGCCUGCACAAAAAACAAAGUAAGAAGAAACUGAAGGCUUUCACAGUUGCUUUCUUAGAAUCUGAGUUAAAUGCAAAAUUCCUUCAGCAGCAACUUAAAAUUUGCCCCAACGAUUUCAUUUUUUUUCUGUUGUCGUGACAUAGCAAUAUUUAAGAUGUGCAUGUGGAUUUCUGACUACUAAAAAAACCCCAGUUUUGAGCAUCAAAUGUUACAACGUGAAAACUGUAUUAUUCCCCACAAGCAUAAUUCAUGCCUCUGCACUUUAUCACAAGGCAAAGUCUGAAAUUAUUCUCAUCCUAAAUCCAAAACACAGCACUAUACCAGCUACUAGUCAGAAAAUUAACUCUAUCCCAACCGAAAGGACACAACCCUACACCUUCAGGGGACAACUCCAAAUAUCUGGCCUCCAAGAAAGCCUCGUCAGGGCGCAGCGUGGGCUCUUGUAAUUCCCAAAGGGACUGGGAGCUGAGCAUAAGCCAAUGGCCAGCAGGGCAGGGUCUGGCCAGCCAGGAUGUAGCCACAUGGUGUCGGAGCAAGUCAAACGGGGCAGGGCUGGAGUAUGCUCUAUAUUUGUAGGUCAUCAUAAGACCAUUUUCUUUUCUGUCCCCUAAUUUCUUCCAUAAUAAUCCCUAGCACUGUUUUUCUGCCAGCCUGUGCUUUUAUGUGAUAUUUCCAGUAUCUUUUGGAGUCACUAGAGUGACUAAAAUUUAUUCUUCUUCUGUUUAUUGCUUUUCACUUAUUCACAGAGCAGUUCAUCUUCCAGGUCACUUGUGAGCUGAUGAACAGCUCAGCCAUUUCCACAGUUUCUUAUUGGACUUCACAACUGAAAUCUCUUUAUUAGCAACCUGUCACCACAAGUGAUCAUAGGGGAAUCUUCCCUUUCAUCCCAUGAUAUGUCCGUUGCUUUAAAAACCUUUCAUACAAAACUUGCAAAACUUUUUUUUUUUAAAUCUGGUUGAUUUGACACUGAGCUUGUAUCCUUACUGAUUUGUUUUUUUCUUCAACUAAAUGAAUUUGAAGAUUGCCUUUUACUUCUACUGAUUUCCCUAGUUCUCCAUUCUUACAAGCUGGCUUUUUCUCUGGGAGAGGGGCAUGGAUAAGGAUGUGGGGACCUGUGUGCCUUUUAAGAGUCUGUAGUGAAACUGUCCAUUCAAGAUAGUAUUUCAAGCAGUUUCUCUGCUGUGUGCAAUAUUUUACUCUCAGUUUCUAAGUCUGGAGCUGCUCAGUUCCCGUUGUUUCAGGGGAUGAGGCUCUCCCCAUGUGCCACCAGGCUGCAGCAGAGCAGAGAGCCCAGGGCUGUUUCAUCACUGUCCUUACCACCACAGAUGGGCAGCCUCGGGUUUGUGCUUAACAUUCUCCACCGUGCAAAUGUCGGACAAACUUGCAAGAAACCACUCAGUAGGCGUGGACGUAUUUGCAUCCCCUUGUCACAGAUCUGAGAAGAGCUAGGAUACCCUUCGGAAAACGAAGCUAGUUUCAUGUCAUUGCUUACAUUCUUUUUAUGAUAAAGCGGUAUUUAAGGACAAGGGUGCACAUGGGGGCCAAAAGUGUGCCAUUUGUGACAAGGGGGUGCAAAUUUGCCCUGAUGCUACCACACGUGGCCUCCAGCGAAGCUGUCUCCUGGUGAGUGUGUGAUGGCUAACUCUUCUUUCCCUUCAGCCAGGAUUUUAUGACUCUGUCUUUAAAACAUGCUCAUGGGAAAGUUCUGCACACUGCAUGGUUUCAGCUUUUCUGACAUUGGCUGUUUUUAGCAGAGACAAGGCAUGAAGAGGAGGAGUGUUCUUCAACGUCCACUAAGAGUUGGAACAGAUACAUCUCAGUUGAUUCAGAGAUUUCCUGUUUUCUAGCUCUUUCUAGGUCCUUAAGCACUCUUGCCCUCCUCCCCUCAUGCUGGAACUCUUCUCCCUGGGUAGAUGGGAAGAUAACCACACAAAAAUCUGCAGGAAUCUGCACAAAAAGAGCAGGACAGAAAAGUGUAGUGCAAAAGUCUUCCUUCCCCAUUUUUCACUUUCACCAUCUUCUGACUGAUGUCCUUAAAAUAGCCAAAAUUCCACUGUUAUGUGAAACCUUAUUGCCAGGAACUAGGCAUUAGUUUUGCAACACCGAACUUUCUUGCAAAAUAUCCUGUGCUUCCUGGUCUAGCCUUGAAGUUACCUCCAAAAAUGCUCUCUCAAAUAUCUCAGUGUUUCUGGCAGAGUGGAGCCUGGAGAAGCAGCCGUGAAUAGGGGAACCCUCACCGAGAGCAAAGCCACCGUCUUCCUCCCAAGAAGGAAAAUCCAAGCCAUUGACAGACCAUUAAUCUGGAAGAGUAUUUGGAUGACUUACUGCAGAAGUCAGAACUUCCAGCUGAUGCAAUAGAGAAUAUUUACACAAUUUCAGGCCAGCAAUGCAGAGGGAAUGCGCUGUGGAGGGGGCCACUGUAUUGCAAAAUAUGCAGAUGGAGAAAGGGAGCAAGUCAGCAAGAGGGUGGGGACAUCAAGGAGCAAGCUCUGCUGAAAUUUCAUUCUGUUUGCACAAAAAUACAUUUUCCAGUGCACGUGGAUGGGGACACCUCUGGAGAAAAGAGCAGCAUAGGCAGAGCCGUGCCUCGGGGACUGAGCAGCCGUGCUGACCAUGAGCGAACAGAGUCACGUCAACAGCCUGUUCCUCAACGAGGACGCAGCCAAGCGGCUCAAUGCCGAGAGCCGGGUACAGCGCUUCCAGCAGGCGGUGCAGAAGCGGGCAGCGCGGGCCAAGAAGCGGAUGAACAGCAUCACCGCUGACACCGCUAAAAGCUUCUUCAGGAGAAAUGCCUUCGUCCUCUUCACCAUUGCUGCAGUCUUACUAGGGAUCAUCCUGGCAUUUUCCCUCCGGCCCUACCAGCUGACCUAUCGCCAGAUCAAGUACUUCUCCUUCCCCGGCGAGCUGCUCAUGCGUAUGCUCCAGAUGUUGGUUCUUCCUCUCAUUGUUUCCAGCUUGAUUACAGGAAUGGCCUCGCUGGAUGGCAGAGCCUCAGGGAAGAUGGGGAUGCGGGCUGUUGUCUACUACAUGGUGACAACAAUCAUAGCAGUGUUCAUUGGCAUCCUCAUGGUGAUCAUCAUCCAUCCAGGAAAAGGAUCUAAGGACAAGCUUCACCGAGAAGGCAGAAUUGAGCAGGUGCAGACCACAGAUGCCUUCAUGGACUUGGUGAGGAAUAUGUUCCCACCCAACCUGGUAGAAGCCUGCUUCAAACAGUACAAGACACAGUACAGCACCAGGGUCUUCACCAGAACCAUCCUCCACAGCAGCAAUGUCACAGCAGGCAUGACAACCACUCAGAUCCCUGUGCCUGAGAACUUCACUGGCAUCCUGGAGAACAUCACUCAUGCCCUGGGGACCGUCUCCGAGGUGCUGACCUUUGAAGAAGUCAUUCCCAUCCCGGGCUCAGCCAAUGGGGUGAACGCGCUGGGGCUGGUAGUGUUCUCCAUGUGCUUCGGUUUGGUGAUCGGCAGCAUGAAGCAGAAGGGACGGGCCCUGCGGGAGUUCUUUAACUGCCUCAACGAAGCCAUCAUGAGGCUGGUGGCCAUUAUCAUCUGGUAUGCUCCAGUUGGGAUCAUGUUUUUAAUUGCUGGCAAAAUCCUGGAGAUGGAUGACCUAGCAGUGAUGGGAGGCCAGCUGGGGAUGUACACGCUCACUGUCAUCGUUGGACUCCUCAUUCAUGCCCUCUGCAUCCUGCCGCUGCUCUACUUCAUCGUCACUCACAGAAACCCCUGGGUAUUCAUUGCAGGGCUUCUGCAGGCUCUCAUCACAGCCCUGGGCACCUCCUCAAGCUCAGCGACUCUGCCCAUCACCUUCAGGUGCUUGGAAGAAAACAAUGGUGUGGACAGGCGCAUCACGAGGUUUGUCCUGCCUGUGGGAGCUACAAUUAACAUGGAUGGCACAGCUCUGUAUGAGGCCCUUGCAGCCAUCUUCAUUGCACAAGUCAACAACUACGAACUUGACUUCGGGCAGAUCAUCACAAUAAGCAUCACUGCCACAGCAGCCAGCAUUGGAGCCGCAGGUAUUCCCCAGGCAGGACUGGUGACAAUGGUUAUAGUGUUGACAUCAGUGGGGCUGCCUACUGAAGACAUUACGCUGAUCAUCGCUGUGGACUGGUUUCUGGACCGCCUCAGAACAACCACCAACGUCCUGGGGGAUUCUCUGGGGGCUGGCAUUGUGGAGCAUCUCUCCCGGCAUGAGCUGGAUGCGCAGGACUGCGAACUUGGUAAUUCUGUGAUAGAGGAGAAAGAGCGGCUCUCCCAGCUGGUUUGCCCCCAGAACGACACCCACAGGCACCCCAGGAGUGAGACAGCACUGUGAAAUCGGGCAGCAGAGCGCAGAUUAAUGCAGUAAAAAGCCAAGACUUGAAACAGAAGUCCAUAGUGGAGGACAGAGAAAGAUCCACUCUUCAAGAUGCACACUCUUCUCCCCCCUCUGCCACAUGCAGUUUUCCCUGAUCCCAUUUCUCCCCCAUCUUUUUCUGACUGGCAUUAGAGAAGAAAAUUACACUGCAAAGGAAGUUUAUUCCACAAAAGCCUGAUUUAGUUGUUCUGAUGGGGUCCAAGAGUUAGACCUGAGUAAAGAAGACUCAGCGAACAAGCUGGACCAGGAGUUCCUCCAUUUCUGAGCUAAAAUAGAGCACAGCUAAGUGGCAAGGUGGGUCAGGGACACCACCGCAUCUGGACUGGCACCAAAAUGUUGCCAUGAUGACUCUGCCCUACAGGAUACUGCUGCAAGGCCUUCACUUUGUCAGUGGCUUCCCCCAGUCACGCAAAGCUUUUAGUACUGGCCAUUUAGAGAUCUCUGGAGAGCCCCAGCACUCCUGUUCAGCUCUCCACUGGCAAGAGUGUCUAUGACAGACACAGUGUCCUCCUUGCUCGCAGUCCUGGUGUUCGCACAGACAUGCAGCUGAUGCUUCCUGAGAGCUUCUCACUCCUCUGGCAACCCUUCUGGCUGCAGAUACUAGAGUCACCCAGCUCCUGAUGGAACGUGGGACCACACAGCAGGGACAGGGCUCACUGUGCCGGCUGGUAGCACAAACAGGGGUCAAUAGGCUUUUCAUUAGUGGAAGCUGCUAAAGGAUUGUGAAAGCAGUGAACAAUUAAAGAAUUUAUUAUAUACAUUA